UGCGCACCAGGGCAGCCCUUGUGCAUUCUGUAAGGUGAACGUCAGAUACAUGACUUUUCAGAAAGGGCUAUAUAAAAAAGGGCUAACUGUCAUUAGAAAAAUUGAGGUUGAAAAAAAGUAGCCGUCUGCUAUGCUGAAUGCAGUGUGCGCAGUCAGGGGCACAGCAAGGUCUAGCCCGGAGUCAGAAGUCGAGGUUUGACAAGGGAGGGGACGCGCCUCUGUGCGCUUGCGUUGAGAGGAAAAAAUUAUAGACGUUAGCUCUCAUUCAAGUUAGGGACUCAUACCCUUGGGCUGCUGAGAUUGGAACUAGGACAUUGGGCCAUUGUGACCAGAAAGAUGGACUAAAGGGAAAUAAAUUUUCCGCUUUACGAUUUAUUGGCUAAUGUGCUACUUGUGUCAGCGAUCAAACGGAACAUAAUGCAGUUUGCGAACUUACUUUAAAUAACAGUACAUGUAUAUUAACAUCUGCGAGAGUGAAUUCCCUACGUAUUGCCUUCAUAACGGCCUUUAGUUCUGGAAAACAUAUGCGAUGACUACAAGCCCUGAGGAUGGAUGUUUACUCGCACUGAGAGAAGACGGACGCUGGAAACGGGGGAUUACUCGUAAAAUGCCAAGAAGUUGUGCGCUCUAGCCUCGUCAGAGAUUGAUGGAUUUUCAUAUGCCGUCCGAUCCCCGUCUCCACUUUGGACUCAAUGGGAGUCAGGAGAGCUCCAGAAGAAACUCACAGAACCGCAGGCCUUUCGAGGAUGAGGACGAGGCCCUGAAGUUCCUGAGCCUAGAGGAGAAGGAGUGUAUCUUGUUCUUCGAGGAAACGAUUGGCUCUCUGGACGAUGAUUCGGAGCCCCCCGGGCGGGGCCUUUCCUCAGGGAGCAGCACCUCGGUGGACGGUCACUCUGCCACGCCCAGUCCCGUCCCAGUCCCGGUCUCGGCCGCGGGCGCUCAGAGGUCCCCCAGCCCCAAAGAGCAGGACAUCAUCGAUCUGGUCCUGAACCAGCCCGUCCAGUCUGAGCCUCGGGACGUCCCGUUCAACCCAGCCAUCCCAGAUUUUCGGAGUGUGUCCGUAAACCCGGAGUCCCAUUUUGAGAUCAAAGCGAAACGAGAGUCGAGGGAGAACUUCCCCCCCGAAUUUCACCUCCUCGCUCCCCCCCCAGCCCCUCCCGCCCCCGGCGAGGACGGUUUCAGCCACAGCCUGUACCAGCCCGCCGGGUCCAUCCCCACCCCCGUGGUCAUCGCCCAAAAAAUCGCCGAGCACAAGGGGGGCGGGUCCAUCCUCACGGCCUCCUCCAUCUUGUCCCGCAGGAGGAGCACCGAGUCUCAGAGUUCUCCCCCCGAGAGCCCGGUCAGACAGGGCCCUCCCACUUUGGCCAAGCCCACCCGCUACCCGGACAACAUCAGCUUCAUGUUGGGCAACAGCAAGGACUACGGCAAGACCAUCGCCAAGGCGGCCGUCAACGUCAACGAGCGCCGGGCGAAGGUCCUGGCCAACCUGACCGGGGCGUCCCACUCGCCCGAGCCGGAGGAGAGCCUGGCGCGGAACGCUCCGAACCGGAGCUACUCCUUCCAGGACCCGGCGCCGGACAAGUCCAGGAUGGAGGCCCUCUCCAAACUGGGCCUGGUCCACAAGCGGAGUUUGCCCGGCGGGCAGUCCAGGGUCGUCGGCAGUCCCGCGCCGCAGUCCACGGCCAAUCCCGAAACGUCCUCCAGCGACGUUUGCGACUAUGGCAGCGCCGCCGCCACCCCUGCGCCCGACUUCAACAGCUUUGGAGGAAAAAGCAAAGUGGUGAAUCCUUCAGUGAUGUUACAAAAUAAGAUGGACGCCAACUCUCACCACGUCACUGCCAGUGAAGCCAGGCCCGCUCCAGUGUCACAGCGCUCUUUUGACAAUGGCCCUCCAGUCGACUAUAACAGCUAUGGAGGCAAAACCAUAAUCAUGAAUCCCUCAGUGGGGUCUCAGCACCACAGCAGCUAUGAGAGUGGGCCUCACAGUACCACAGCAGCACGGACUGAAGCUUCUCACAGUGACUUCAGCAGCAGCGGAGGAAAAACCAGAGCGAUGACUCCAGCACCCGCUUCAACAGCCAAGAUCGAGACCUCCUCAGAGAGCUUCGCCCCGCACGACAACAAGGCCAGGCCAGCGGCUGCCUGGGCGCCGCCCUCGCACAAGGCCGAGCCGUUCCCUGGCGACGGCAGCUCGGCGGCGAACCUCAACAGCUACGGCGGGAAGAGCAAAGUGGUGACCCCGUCGCACGCGUCCGGCCCCAAGCCCGAGGUCGCCGCGAGCAGCCAACGUCCGACGGCUGCCCAGCCGGGCGUGGCCACGAGGCCGCACUCCUACAGGGUGGAGCCCCGGGCCGCCGAGGCCCCGAGACCGCCGCGGCAGGAGGCCGCCGCCCACAGCUCCCGCGGGGGGGGCGGCGCGCCGCCCGAGGCCCGGCGGAGGGCCGUCUCCAAGCCGUCGCUCUUUCACCAGGGCGUCACGGUGCAGUUCUCGGGCCGGGGGGCCACCGACGAGUCCCGCCGAGAGGCCCUGCGGAAACUGGGCCUGCUGAAGAACACGCCCUGACUCCGCCCCUUUCGCCCGUCCGUCUCCUCCACUGGGCUCAGACGCCACCAGGCCCUGCCCCCCUUUCCUCCCUUUUACCUUUGUGCUGAACCAAUGGGGACGCAGCUGUGGCCGGGAGGAGGGACGAGCAGUCUGAGGAGCUGAAGCUGAAGCUGUGGAGGAGCAGUUGGGUCUGGGCAGAGCUAGGGGCUUCUGCUAAUCCUGGUUGGGGGUGGGUUUAUUAGUAGGGAAUUCUGUUCCAUAAGACUUCGUACCACAGGAGACAUGCGAGAUCGGCGCAUUCUUCUGGAAUUCAUCGUUUAUGCAUGUCAGGGGAGCAGAGCCGUGCCUAGACUUUUGGGGCUCCUAGGCAAAACAAUAAUAAUGAUUUGGGGGCCCCUCCAAAACACUGGCACCCUUCUGACUCUUCUGCUUGGAAACCAACCAAUGGAACUCAAAGGAAGGCAAGAAGGCGGGGCCCUAGGUGAGAAGGCGGGGCCCCAGGCGCAGUGCCUGAUCUGCCUGGUGGGAGGGACGGCUAUUCUGGGGAGGGUUCGGGCCAGGGAGUCCCCGGGUGAAGAUGAGUUAGUCGACAGAUGUUGCAGGGAGCCAGCAGACAUGGUUCAGUGACUUCUCUGCAGUAAACACUGACAGGCUUUCCGUCCAGACUCCAUCCUCUAACCUGGAGCAAACACCGAUGCUUUCGAUCAUCGCUUCCGCAUACCUUUCACCUCAAAGGUUUUAUUUGUGACAGCAGGGACAUGUUAUAAGCAGCAGCUGUCUGGUAUUGGAGAGAGGGGAUAGUUCUGAAAGGCAGUUACAGAUAAUUAAUGUGAACCCCGAAUCGUUAUUACCAGAGAUGUGGAGGCCCAGUGACUCACUUUAUAUUAUUUUAUGUUAUUUAUGCAUUUGGACAAUGGUGGACAAUGUUACGGUAUGGACUGUCUGUAACUGCAUAAUAAUGCAUGACCGUGCUGCUUUCGUGAAUUAUUGAUGAUAACAGGGUCCAUAGCACUUGCAGUGCAGUUUUUUUCACACAAACUGUUAUCAUGGAAUUAGAUAUGUUUACAGUCUCUUUGUGUAUUGCCUUUAAAUGUUUAGAUGUAGAUAUACAUAUUCUAUACUUGGAAAUUAGCUCUGCUUUAGAUUUUUAAUGAAAAUGAUGAUGGAUACAUUUUCAAAAUAUGUGGAUUGUCUAUAACCUUAUAUAAAUUAUACAUGAAUUGCAUUGUAUGCGUGAAAUCUCCACAAUAUAGCUCUACUAAGGUAGUCGAAUAGGACAAGUGUGUGAGAAGCUAACUGGUAAACAAACGGCUUCUUUAGCAGGUGAACCCCCUUUAUUAACACCAGCUCAAUUUAAAACAGUGUAGAUAGCAGAAGGUAUGAAGAAAUCUACUUUUGGAUCACAUUUAAGUGAAUGUGGGUUUGUGAAAACAAGAGUGGCUCAGAUCCUGGAUUAACGAGGAAAAUUUCAGUCCAACUUCUCUGCCGGGCAGAUUUGUAUUUUUAAAUCUGAUGAACGUGCCUCCCACAGAAAACCACAAGCUAGACGCUGGUUUCUGCGAGAGAUGUUUUUCCUGUUGUUUUUUUGUGUUUAAAUACAAUCCACAGUAGCUCACUGCAGUCAUAGGAUGGUGUGUAUAGCCUCUUAAACCCAAAUAAUCACUAUAAAUAUCCAGGUGUUCAUGGAUAUUUACAGUGAGUAUUCAUGUUUUUUGGAGGCUACACACAAACAUAUGUAUGUACACACACAUCUAGAGAAUGGGGACUCAAGAAAUUUGGGAUCUUCAGGUUUAGCUGUGCUUUUUCUCUGUUCUGGUUAAGUAUGUGAACCCUUGUAAACCCUGCAGUGCUGCCUAGUAUAUGGUCUAAUGAAUCCUCAACAGUAUUGGUGUGGAGAUCCUCUGUGUGUUACCACUGUGUGUGUGUGAGUGGUUGUAUGUGUGUGUGUGUGUGUGUGUGAGUGUGUGUGCACGUGUGCGUGUGUGUAUGUGUG